GCACAAUCUAUGUGCCGGCAAAACAAAACACAUUUUUCUUGUCGAAUUUUCUUGAAUGUUCCACGAGAAAUUGGCUGACUAGCAGGCGAACAAAUGCAAAACCACAAGCAUGGAGGAUAGAAACGAAGAGAUUGAACCCUGCCGCAGCAUCGGGCCGCACGAGCUGGACGCCGUGAAAAGUCAGGCUGUUAUAAAAUUAUCGCCCGUACAGCUGCCGGCCCACUUCAAGCGCCUGGAAUGCAACACCAAUCUGAAUCUGCCGCCCCUCAACUGGCUGACAACCUCCCACAGCAGCCAUGGCCUGCAUCAGGCCCUGUACCAGAGUGCGGGCUUCGCCAGCUUUCGGCUGGGCCAGAUGUUUCCCGACUGUGUGGGCGAGGUGGAUGUGGUGUCCGAUGCGGAAAACAUAAAGCAGUUGCUGAAGCUGCCGUACAGUGCCCAGAGUCCCAUAAGCAUGGUGGUGCACAAGGUGGGCAACACCCUGCUGCUGGACGAGUUCGACAUUCAGAAAUAUCUGCUGCGGAAGUCGGACGAUGAUUGGAAAUGGCUGCGCACGUUCAUUCUGGAGCACAUCUUGUCGUUUGGCGACAAGCAGCACAACUACUGCCUCAAGGAGCGCAAUCGAGAGGCUCUGCAAACGAAGAAUCUGCUGUCCAAGUUUCUGUAUCACAGUCUGAAGCAGACGGGCGAUGGCGGCGAGUACGAUGUGCACACCACGCCCACACAGUUGACCAGCAGACGUCAGGAACUGCCCAUCACCGGACCGGUGCUGCCGGAGCCAAAGAUCGAGGAGAAUGUGCCCGAUCCCAAGUCCAGUCAUGCGUUCAACCGCAACGUGGUGUGGACCUUUGAGGAUAUCCGCAUGCUCAUUGGCACCGACAUGCCCAUAUUUGGGGGGCCGAAUCGACCCUGCAUCAGCCUCCGUCUGCGCGACGCCGCCCAGCCCAUAAACGUGCUGACCGGCAUCGACUACUGGCUGGACAAUCUCAUGUGCAAUGUGCCAGAGGUGGUGAUGUGCUACCACCUGGAUGGCAUUGUCCAGAAAUACGAAAUCAUCAAGACUGAGGAUCUGCCCUAUCUGGAGAACUCGCAGUUCUCGCCGCAGGUGGUGCGCAAUGUGGCCCAGAACAUUUUGGCCUUUCUCAAGGCGAAUGCCACGAAGGCCGGCCACACCUACUGGCUGUUCAAGGGACGCAACGAUGAUGUGGUCAAGCUGUACGACCUGACCACUCUCUAUCAGAAUCAGACGCAGGCAGCCGAGGAGUCGGAGUCGCCGCCGCAGCAGCAAGUGAAUCCGUUCACCGUGCCCGUGGGCAUGCUGCUCUAUUCCGUGGCUCGCAACAUGAAGAAUACGCUGCAGCACAUCAGCCCCAGGACGGCGGGCAGCAUACGCGCCCUGCUGGACAACUGCAUCAAGCUGCUGCCCAAGGAGCAGUAUCCGCAAAUCGUCAGCUCCUCGCACUACAUACUCUCGGACUUGCAUGUGCCGGCUGGUAUCGAUCCCAAGGCGCCCAAAUUCGAGGAUCUGGACUCGGACACUCAGUCGCUGUACGAUGAUGAUGAGGAGGAUGAGGAGGACUACGAUGACGAUGAGCCGCUGGACAGCGACUAUGGCAACGACAAGUACUAUCAGAGCGCCGAGCAGAGCGGUGGCAAGGCCAAUGUGGCCGUCAGACACAUUUGCGAUGCGCUCAGGGACUUCAAAUCGCACGCCAAGAAGUCCAAGCCGGCUCCGUUGCUGGCCUCGACGGCGGAACGCUGCAGCAUCUCGCUGGAGCACAUCAGUGCGGGCAUCUCCUGCCUGCAGUACUUCAAUGGCAAUCAGGAGGAGAAGCUCAAGGAAACGGAGACCAUUGCCAAGCAGGAGGAGAAGCAGCGCAUCCUUCACGAGGAGCAGAACCCCAAUAUGGCCAGGCCAUUCAAUGCCAUUCCCCUGCCCUAUGAGCAGCUGCAGCUGCAGACCCAACCCCAACCCCAGGCACAGUCCCAGUCGCAGUCCCAGUCCCAGCCACAGGCUCAAGCCAACAAGAAGCCCGCCAAGGCCAAAGGCAACAAGUCCAAGGAACUGGCCACCACCAGCACCCCCACCACGGACAACACUCAGCAGCUCAGCGCCAAGUUCAACACGCAGCACUUUGGCUCGUGGAAUGUCCAUCUGAAGCUGCUGCUGCUGGAGAAAGCCUGCCUGACGGGUGCCACCCUCGCGGAGCAUCACUACGAGUCGCACCAGUACGGCGCCACGCUGCGCUCCAUUGAGCUGGCCUCCCGCUGCCAGCAGGUGCUCAACAAGUACAUGGCCAAUGUGGUGUCCCAGCAGAGCUGCCUGCUGGGCCGUGCGGGCGACUGUUUCUUUCAGAUGUCCAAGCACUGGGAGGCCAUCGAUGAGUAUGUGCGGCAAUACGAAGAGCAGGACGAGUCGACGCGGGUGAUUGGCGAUGAACUGUCCCUGGAACUGGGCGAGGAGGAGGAGGAGCAGCUGCCUUCACUGGCGCCCGUCAAAAACGUCGAACAGGUGAUGCUGCACAGCUGCAAGUGCUACGAGAAGGCUUUGGAGCAUGCCCAGAAGGCGGAGAGCAAUGAGCUGCUCCGACGAUUGGGCAACGUACGCAACGAGCUGGGACUGAAGUACAUGUACUGGGCUCAGGAGGAGUACAGCGAGGUAAUGAAGAAGAAGGAGACUCCGGAAGCUGCCGGAGAUGCUGAACAGGAAGAGAAUGCCACUGCCGAGCCGCUCUACGUUAAACUGACUGUCAAUUCUUAUGAUUGCCUGCGUCGGGGCAUUGAAGCCUUCACCGCAGUGCAGGAUAAUGUUAAUCUGGCAUUUCUCUACUGCAACAUGGGCAGAUUUAUGCGUCUGCGUGCCCAUCUGACCAUGCCCAAUGAGAGUGCCAUUACUUUAGACUCACAAAAAGCCUUUUACAACGAGGCCUUCAACUACUACGAGAAGGCGAAAGACUGCCUGGACACGCGUAAAGCGAAUGCCGAACUCUGGGAUCUUGUCAAUUGGGAGCUAUCCACUGCCACCUUUACGCUAGCCAAACAGCUGCAGGAUCACAGUGCGGCGGACAAGAACAGCCUUGUGGAGGCAUCCAAAGAGGUGCUCGAACUGCUGCAGAAAGCGUUGCGUCUGUGCGAUGUGGAACAUGCCGGCGCACGCCAAGUGCUCUACAGUUUUCGUGCUGGCCUAAUACACAAAAGGAUCGCCUCCUUUCAUUAUUCGCAACUGCGAUCGCACGGCUGCUGUGAUCUUUCCCAGCUGCCCAAAGCCACGCUGCAGCUGUGCAAAUAUCACUACGAGAAGUCCACUCAAAUCCUGGAGAGCCUCAAGGAGGUGGGGGACCUGCUGGUGGUGCAACUAGAGCGCAUAUCCCUGCAUGAAUUUCUGGCAGAACUUUCCACCCACGCAGCGCAGAAGAUCAAGCAAAUGCAAGCUGCUUUGGAGAUUUGUUUACAGUGCCAGCCCAUCUUUGGCCACGUCAUCGAUGCUGGUAACAGUGCCAGCCAGAGCCAGGGCGACGACGAGUUCGCCGCACAUUUGUCGCUCUUUGAGAGCCGCUUGCAGAAUGCACUGAAGACGCUCACGAAGCUGCUGCUGACCGGCAAGGAUCCCAAACAGCUGUCGGCGUUGUACAAGCGCAUGUAUAUGGAAACCUUGACUGGGAAACAUGGGACAGGGGCCCAGCAUGCAGCAGCACACGCUGAAGCGCCACCAAAGCAUUUGCACACGCUGCUCGGCCGGCUACAAGCCAUGUGCGACGCUCACCUCGCCAUUGGCUAGGCCAGAAGCCGCACCGCUCUGUACGUGUCUUCUAGGGGGUUUCAUAAAGAAACCCGAUCAAAUUGUAUGCAUUGCAUUGCUUGCUGUCGCUUGUUUAUUGAUGUAUUCUCCGACUCUGUGUGUGCUGUGUGUGUGGGGGCCAGUGCUUAGCCCCGCUUGCCGCAACGGCAAUCAUCGCUGGUCGCAUCAUCCACCCGGCCAACAGCGGCGCCCAUCUGCAGAAACGACACCAGCAGCAGCAGCACCACCACCAUAGCCAGUUGUAGGAUCUGUCAAAGCAACUCCAUUAUCAAUCUACAAUAUCAAUCACUAUCUAUCUAUCUAUCUAUCUGUAUCUCUCACCUUGCAGCGUCGUUGCAGUGUUCUCAUUUUGUGCGCGUUUUGGGCAGCCAAGUUCUCUGUGCUGGCCAUGGGCACGGCAGCUCUUAUAAAGUCUGAGGGUCUUGGGCCCAAAACGUGUCGCUCAUCAAGAUUGGAUGCCACACACAGACACACCCACAAUCGCCGCUUCGAAAUGUCGCAACAAGAGGCUGGUCUGUGGCUGGGGCUGGUCUGUGGCUGUGGCUCUAAUCGCACCUACUUGGGGAUAUAUUUCACUCUUAACUUUCAGCAGACUAGCCUCUUAAACUAUUAUGGAAAUCAUCUGAUAUUCUCUUAGAAUUAUGACUUUAAGUUGUACGAAUAUUUAAUUAUGUUAUUCUCCCAGUUUUAUUAUUAUAAAGUUUUGCAUAAUUCAUAAGUUAAAUGCCAAUAAUAAAGCGGGCUCACGGCACUGUUCAUCCAUCUAUAGGAUGCUGAUCCCCUGAGCCUUUUCAACUUCUAAUUAAUUCAUUAUUUCGCACCGCAAUUUCCUAAAGUUUUGCU